CAAAAGACCCACUCAUCUUCAACUUGCCCAUUUACUAUUUCUCCUCUCGUUGUUGGUUAAAAAGGUUGGCGUACCAUUGAUUUGACUUGGAAUUAGUCCUCUCCUGUCCUCCUCUGUUAAGCACACUUGACCGACUUCACUCACCCCAACAACUCUCCCACUCACAACCCCUAACCUCACCUCUAUAUAUAAAUAAACCCCCCUUUCCACUUCUCACUCACAUCUCAUCUCCUCCUAUUGCUUCACACCUUGGGAUAAAGCAAUCGCUGCAGUUUCUUCUAGUUAGUUCUCUGCCUUAUUCACUCUCUUUCAUCAAGAAUCAAGAAUUCAAGAUCAAGAAUCUAGAUCUUAUUAUGGCUCUUGAAGCUCUAAAUUCCCCCACCACAGCCACUCCUUUCAACUAUGAGGAUACCUGGACUAAAAGAAAACGAUCCAAGAGGCCUCGCAGCGAAUCCCCUCCUACUGAGGAUGAGUAUCUCGCUCUCUGCCUUAUCAUGCUUGCUCGAGGCGGUGGCUCCACCACUAAAGAAGCUUCAUUUUCAUCUCCAUCUUCAUCUCCUUCUCCACCGACACCUCAACCGCCAGCUUUGACUCUUUCUUACAAGUGUACUGUUUGCAACAAGGCUUUCCCUUCUUAUCAAGCUCUUGGCGGACACAAGGCUAGCCAUAAAAAAUCCUCAUCUGAGACUACUACCGCCACCGCCAACGACAAACCUUCAUCCUCCUCAAACAUCAGCACCACCACUGCUAACACCGCCAGUGUAAGGACCCAUGAGUGUUCUAUUUGUCAUAAGACCUUCCCCACCGGUCAAGCCUUAGGUGGCCACAAGCGUCGUCACUAUGAAGGCCCUGUUGGUGGUGGUAACAACAAUAGCAGCAGCGCCAUAACCUCAUCGGAAGGUGGCGCAAGCCAGAGUCAGGGUCAAAGUCAAAGCCGAGUAGGCGGCUUCGAAUUUGACCUGAAUUUGCCGGCUAUGCCUGAGUUGAAUGAUUCAAGUAUCACUCGACAAUUGUUUAGAGAGCAAGAAAUGGAGAGUCCUCUGGCUGGAAAGAAACCAAGAUUAUCGUUCUUGCUUAAGCAAGAAGAAAACUGAAGUGACGAGAUAGAUACAGAGCUUGUAGAUUAGGUUGAUUAGAAAGAUGCUUGAAUUUUUUCGUCUUCAUUGAAAUUAGUUUUUUCCUGUUGAAUUCUAUGGUUCCGUAUUGUACAGAAAAAAUUGUUCAUUGUUUGUGAACUUCGCAUCAUGAUUUAUUCAUUCUUUCAAUUUGUUCCAAUCUUUUAGCUUCAAUAAUAAUUAAUUUAAUCUUGCUUA